CUCUGAACCUUUGACAAAACUGUGCAGGUACCCGAAUCAUUACAUUUGAAGGUCGGUCAUGUACGUUUUUAAAAAUUUCUUUUACUAUUCUUGUUUUAAUCAUCAGUUGGGCCUGUACGACUGGAGAGCUUUUUGGCCCUAACGUCGCGUCUACGCGUGUUAACGACGCAGGCUAGCUCACCGUGACCACGUAAGCGGAGUCCUGGGAUUUGAUGGUGGAAAAGUGGGCAAAGCACAGCGUUCAGGCUACCGAUUUCUGCAUCGAGCCGCAAGUGACGCUGUUCUCAACCUGACGUCUCAGAAAUGAACCUUGCGGUGUCCUUGCUCCUUUUGUUGAGUCCCGUCGUCGGUUCAAGUCCGUGGAACGACGAAGCGCGUCUCGUCGGGGAACUUUUGGGGAGAAGCGAGUAUGACACUUCAACGCGCCCGGUUAGAAACGCCUCCCGAGCCGUGCGAGUCGCCCUGGGAGUGGAUGUCUUCACAGUUCAAAAUCUCGAUUCGAAGGAGCAAAAAAUUACCGUUGUCUCUGCAUUUAACAUGAAAUGGCAAGACGAGAGAUUACAGUGGGAUCCCGACGUCUAUGGCGGUUUGGAGUAUUUGUCUCUUGCGGCGGAGAGGGUUUGGUAUCCCAGACUCCGGAUAUUAAACGCACUUGAGGAGACAAGGCUGAUCAAGGAUGAAACAGAAGUCUUUGUGACAAGUGAGGGGGUACUUUACAUCACCAACUCCUUAAUCCAUCAAACUCAGUGUCAUCUUGACCAGAAGGCUUUUCCGUUCGAUGUCCAAAACUGUAAUUACCUCGUGGGCACAGUGAAUGCCCCCAGCGACAGUCUGACAAUCGAGGCCUCCGAAGUUGAUGAGCCCCGGGAAGGGGUCCGGGCAGCAGCCAGUUGGCGGUUGGAGUACCUCAGGGUUAGCAACACGAAAGCACCGACUUGUAUCGAUGCAAACGGCGCUGCAACGACAGUGCAGUGCCAUCGAACCUCAAUGGCUGACGUGACCCUCACCCUGAGGCGCGAGUCGACGUAUUACGUGUACUCGGCGUUCGUCCCCUGCACGAUCUUGACACUCCUCGCUUCCGUGAUCUUCUGGCUGCCGACGGAAUGCGGCGAGAGGCUCUCCUUCGGCAUUUCCAUCCUCUUCGGCUUCGUCAUCUUCCAGCUGCUCGUGCAGGAUUCGCUGAGCGAGGCUGGCGUUGAGAAGCCCCCGGUCCUCAUCCGCUACGUGCUGUUUAACUUCGUGCUUGUCGGUGUGGCGGUGAUGGUAACGGCCAUCUCCAUUGCCCUCCACCACAAGGGCAGCGCGCAGGAAACCUCAGGGGGCUCGGCCUUGUGUAAAAGCUGCCAGUCUAAAGUUGAAGUGGGUGUCGAGGUUCCCCAUCGAACACCUCACGAUGGUACGGAGGACCAUGCGAGAGACAGUGAGGAAAAACUCCGCUCGAGGAAAAAGGAAGCCCGUAACUGGAAGAGGGUCGCCCGGUACCUGGAUCGCGUGUCUUUUGUGACCUUCUACGUUGCUUUUACCAUCUUCGUUUCGGUGAUUGGAGUUGAAGUGAACGGUUCAUAGCUCAGACUGGAUGAUCUGCGACGGACGAGGCGCUGUCGGCAUUGUACCAGCUCGUGUGCUGUGUGAGGAUAUCCCGGAGGUAGCCUCACGCAACGCCUACCGGUUGUGUCGGUGUAGCGUGUUUGGUCUUGAUAUCGGUAGUAAAUAUUUUGCACAUGUGAGGCUAUUCCUAGAUGGCCCAAACGCUAACACACGUGACAA